GAAGUGAGCUUUACGCAGAGGCUCCUACUCCUGAUGAGGAAGUGAGCGACAAUCCAGCUGUUUUGAAGCCUAGCAUAAAGCGGAUGUGUAGCGUUUUCCGUUAGAGAGUGAACUGGUCAUCAUGUCGAAGAACACCGUCUCCGACCGAUUCCGUAAAGUGGAUGUAGAUGAAUACGACGAGAACAAGUUUGUAGACGAGGAGGAUGGAGCAGAGAACCAGCUGGGUCCAGAUGAAGCAGAAGUCGAUUCCCUCAUCAGACAAGGGAAUCUGAUGGGAGCCUUGCAAGCCGUGCUGAAAAACCCACCAAUCAAUACCAAGAAUCAGAACGUCAAGGACCGUGCCGAGGGCCUGGUGCUAAAAGUGCUGAGUUCUUUCAAGGCAAGUGACAUAGAGAAGGGAGUGCAGUCUCUGGAUAAGAACAGCGUGGACCUGCUGAUGAAGUACAUCUACAAAGGCUUUGAGAGGCCGUCGGAAAACAGUAGCGCCGUCCUCCUCCAGUGGCAUGAAAAGGCUCUCUCUGUAGGUGGUGUGGGCUGCAUCGUCAGAGUACUGACUGCACGGAAAACCGUCUAAAACCUCUUCCUGCUCCACUGCUCCUGCAAACCACAGGCGGGACGACCUGCUUGUACGUUCAGAACAAAGACCAGAUUUACACAGGGUGCUGCAAACAACUCACACGUCACUUUGAUGUCUUUCUCUCCACCUCAGUCAGCCCUUAUUUUUUUCGCUCAGCCUCUCCGUUUCACUCACACGGACUGUCGCCUUUUUCCUCACGAUCCUUUCAGCUUCUCUCAGGAAGGCAUCGCACCGUACACUUUCGAGCAGUGCAUUACUUUGUGAUUUAGAAUCACUCGUGAUUCGGUAUAAGGUUAAACGCUUCUUUCCAUCUCCUCGUGUAAGAUUAGCAAAAGUCGCUCCAGGCUUCCAGCAUUUUUAAUCAUAUGUUGCUGAAUUUACUCAACCAAAGGGCAUUGGCUGCAUUAUAUAACACAAUGUAGGUGCAGCUUAACCUUUUAACCCCACCUUCUUUGGACAGUUCCUGCUGCACAGGGAAAGAGCAUUAAUCCUGUUCUUGAGUAGACAACAUAGAUUUUACUAGAUCUGUGUGUUAGCAUAAAAUGUUAGCAUAGUUAUCGUAUAUUACUAAUCUGUAGCGCUCUAAUUCAUCUACUAGCAUUUUGGGCAGAACUGUUUCAGCUCAUUAAAGGCCUUCUUCUCAAUCACCUUAACACACCAAAUCUGUUAUGGAAUUAGACCUCGAGCAACCAGUGAUAAUGUAUCAUAUAAUGCAAGUGAAAUUAAAAGAAAAUUCUUUAGCCAUUUUGUAGCUAUUUGCCAGUGCAUAUCAUGCUGCAGUAAAAGAAUUUAAAGACGCUCGUUUAUAAACCUUGAAAAAAAAAGUCAGUCACACACAGUAUCGAGGUGCUAAAUCCAUCGACUUUAGACAUUCUCAUAUUUUGCACACGAACGCAGCCUUUGAAAUUUUCAAGUACCUUUUUUUUUUACUUGAAUAAAUGACCAAGAACGAAUACGUUGUAAUAAAAAUCAACAUAAAAAUCGUAGGAUCCUUUAAACAAAAGCGAAUUAUUAGUCGAUUAGGUUUGUUUCACGAUACGUGUCUUUAAAGGUAGAACGUUUGAGAUUCGAACUGAAUAGCAGCUUCAGGAGUUUCUUACGGUUUAAACGAGGAACUCUUUCUAUGAAGAUCACGUCAUGGCUGUAAGAGACGAGAACACGUGUGUCGAUGCUUACAUGCAAAUUUUUAUUAUUAUUUAAAAAUCUUGUUUGCAAUGUCUCUUCAAGCUCUGCUAAUCUAAAGCUCUUACUGCCCAAAAAAAGAGAUCUUUUUUCUUCUUCAUGCUUUUCGUCUGUAAGUAAUCCUUCUCCAUAGUUGGAUAGCUGCUUUAAAAGCAGACCAUCACUGUUUAAACCACACAGAACGAAACGUACAGACCUGCCUGGACCUCGGACUGCUCUCAUGACCGAGCGUAAACACAUUUUACAAACCAAACUGGUCUACAACUGCCUUAUUAAGUAUUUCUUUUUUAUGUUUGUGCUUUUAAAAAAUAAAAAAUAAAGAUUUAUACAUACGAUCAAACAAA